AUGUCCAUCUUGCAUAACCCUCAUCCUCCCAUCGAAGCAGUGGACCCUUCCACCUUUGACUAUGCAGCCUAUGACUUUGAGCACGUCACAGCUGUUCUAGGACAGGCGGCCUCCUCCUCUCUCCCCUCCUCCUCAUCUAGCCAACCUCAGCCCGCAGCAGGCGUACUGCUGAUCACUCUCAAUAGGCCUCAGCAGCUGAACGCCUUUACCAAUCAACAAUGCCACUCCCUCAGCUUCCUCUUCGAGCUGGCAGACCGGGACGAGAGGGUCAAGGUCGUGGUGCUGACUGGAGCGGGCAAGGCUUUCUGUGCUGGUGUGAGCAAUGACGACGCCUUUGGCGUCUCCUCUGCUCUCUCCUCGCCCCUCGUACAGCAUCGUGAUGGCGGUGGUCAGCUAGUCCUCGCCAUCCUCUCCUGUCGCAAGCUAGUCAUUGCAGCCAUCAAUGGCGUCGCUGUGGGCAUCGGUCUCACUAUGACUUUCCCAGCUGAUAUACGCAUCUGUGCCGAGGAGGCCAGGGUAGGCGUGCCCUUUGUCAAGAGGGGCAUCGCCUGCGACGCAGUCUCCAGCUACAUGCUGCCCAGACUCAUCGGAUGGAGUAGAGCCAGCCGCCUGAUUCUCACAGGAGAUCUGGUCAAGGCAUCGGAUCGAAGUAUAGAGGACCUCUUCUACUCUCUGCAUCCAGCUCGCGAGGUUCUGCCACGAACGCUGGAGCUAGCGGAACGCCUCUCAAAGGAGAAUUCCGUCACCUCUGUGGCCCUCUGCAAGUCUCAGCUCUGGCGAGGAGCUACCACGCCCGAAGGAGUGCAUUUAGAAGAGAGCAAAGGCCUAGCCUGGUGUGCCCUCUAUGGCGAUGCGAGAGAGGGCGUGGGCUCCUUCAUGGCGAAGAGGCCAGUGGACUUCAAGGGGACAUUAGGGGAGCUGACAAGUCAGGGGUGGUACCCGUGGUGGAGUGCGGCCAAUGUCAAGGAGGGAUGCACAAGGGGCAAGGAAGGAAAGCUGUGA